AUGCUUAUCUUCAUUUUUCCAGCACUCAUAUAAUUCGUGUUAAGCUAUAUUUUAACACGUUAUGAAGUAGGAGAUGUAACCGUUAUGACUUCUGGAGGUAAUCACAUUUUGGAGAAUUCAAGAAUAUAUCCGAGAUAGAUAUAAACUGCUAUCAAUUUUUAGACUGUAUUUGAUACUCCACCUGAAUUGUUUCUAUCACCACACUAUUAUGAUUGGAGUUUAGAAUUACCUCAUGGAUUCCUUGUCAAAGCUACUCUUAUAACAAGAACAGGUAAAUAAUUGAAAUUAUCAUUUUUAAAGGAUUUCUAUUGAACACACUUGCAGUGGCUGCUUCUUAACUUUUUGCAAUAAGAAUUAAAUGGUUUGCAUUUUAGGACUCUAGAAUUUCUGUUAUUACAUUCUAAUAAAAUGAUGUAUAGGAACUUUAAACUGGUACAGGGGAUAGAACAAUAACUUUUUCAAUAGAUCAUGAAUUUAAAGAUGCAACAAAUGGAUUAAUAUCUUUGAAUGGAGUGAAACAUAUAAAGAGUAAUCAAAUAGUGGAAGUCAAAGUAAAUUGUUAAUAUAUGCAAUUUUAGAUUGAAUAAGUAUAAUCAAAAAGUAUUGAUGUUUCUGUUAGUAUUUAUUCAGAUUCCUAAAUAGAAUAUGUAAGAUUUAAUAUUCUAUUGGGUACAGAUCAAUCAUUAUGGUCAUCUGCUGCUUAAGCUGAAAUUUUCAAUCCUCCUUUAUAUGGAAAUUAAUAUGGAAGCAUAGGAUAUUUAAGUAGGCAAGCAACUUUUCUGAUACCUUCAAUAUACUUGAAUUAAGAUAGACUUCCCAUAUUUGCUUAUAGAGGUUACAAAUUUGACAAAAAUGCUAAUGUAAGAUGUUAUGUAAUUUAUGGUCCUUAAACUCCUAAUUUAAUAUAUAAUUUAUUUGUAUGUAUGAUAAUUUGAUCAUACAUUAGGGGACUCAACUACUUCUUAUGCUUUUUUUGAUUAAGUAUCUUUGUAUUUUCCUCAACCUCAGAUCAAAAUUGUUCAACCUAAUUGUGCAGAGCUCUUUUCUGAAUGCGAUUACAAUGGUGACUCUAUUGUUAUUUGUAAUAAUAUUCCAGAUCUAUUAUAAAAAGGAUGGACCAAUUAAGUCAAAUCCUUAAUGAUUUCCACUUAAAAGCAAUUCUAUCUUUUUAAUUAGAUUAAUUAUUAAGGUUAGGCCUAAAAAAUUAUUCAAAAUUAACAAUGUAUGGAAUCUUUUUCUAUAUUAUCUGUUAAAUUCUAGCCUGUGGCUUCUAUAAUAAAAGUAAUAUUUAUUAAUUCCAAUUUAAACAACAAUAAUUGCAAAUAUGUUUAUUUUUAUAGCUAAUGCAAUUAUUAAGGAACUGUUUAUUAAAUUUAACAAGGAUAGUCAUUAGACCGAUCAAACAAGAUUCCUUUUGAAAUUAAGUCAAUUAGCAUUUGCCCAAAUAUAAUUGUAAAAUUGAGAGACCCAUCCUAUUUUGGGGGUGGUAACGAAGCGUUUAGCUCUUCAUAAGCUUGUUUAGAUGGCUAUAAAGUAUUCAUUAAUCAUAAUUCAUUUAAGUUUCCUACAUACAGAACACCUAACUGA